AUGGCACAACUGCCUUCCAAUGUGGUAACAGUUCUUGCAUUGAGAGCCCUUAAGUUCAUUUUCUUAUUAGUUGCAUUGGGCGUACUUGUAAGUGAUACACUCUAUGUCCCAAAUGAUGUCUUUGAUUACGAAUUAGAAUAUAGUUUUGACGAUGUUUAUGCUUAUAGAUAUGUGCUUGCUACAAUUGUGAUUGGGAUGUUGUUUGCAUUACUGCAAAUUGUCUUCACUAUUUACAAUUUCCAAACUGGAAUCAAAUUGUAUGGGGUGUGUAUUUUUCAAUUCAACUUCUAUGCAGAUAAGGUGAUUUCGUACUUACUAGGGACAGGAGCUGCAGCCGGAUUCGGAGCAACAAAUGAGAUGAAACAUAUUCUCUUGUUAGCGGAGUAUUUGAUUGAAGGCAACAAUUCCACAAUAGACACAGAUAUUGGUUUUAAUGUAUUUGAUAAAUUCUUUAACCAAGCAAAUGCUGCAAUUGCAUGUGUAUUUCUUGCCUUUAUCACUUCAGCACUCAUUUCCAUUUUAUCAUCUUGGGUUCUCACCUCUAUGGAGCCACACCAGGAGCCUAAGACCCUGACCCAUCUGGAUACAGAGGCCCAGAAGGACCCGAAAGCCCUACCUGAACCUGAACCUGAACCUGAACCUGAACCCCAGCCGAAGCACCAAACAACAAUUGCAAGAGUCCAAGACUAA